ACUGAUUGUCCAAUUCUCGAAGUCUAUAUUCUGCUAAUAACAAUAUUAUAAUCCGAAAAUAACAAGGCAGUUCUGCCUCAAGCUAACAAUAUACUUGUAUAUUCUAGAUAUGGCUUUAUCUCCAAUUCUUCCAUUACUUGUUGUAUUGUUUGGUGUUGUUAGAUGUGCAGUAUACGACGAUGUAGCCACAGUAACCAAAGCCCGUUGUUAUGCUAACUGUAUAACUCAGGUAUCCAAGUACGCUGAACCUGAUCCUGGUUGUCUUGGAAACGCCUGCAAACAGUGCCUGUUACCGUGUGAUAGAAAGUGGACAAAUAUUGAAGAUUGCAAAGAAACUUGCGAAAUAUCAAAAAUUUGUCGGAGGAGUUGUGAAUUUCUUGGAUACUUGAAAGGUUUGCCAAAUAUUUUGGAUGGAGAUCUCACUCUCACCAAGCAUCCAGGCGUCCCCAUGGCAACGGAAAAAACUGUCCAGAAUCUGACGUUGUCAUGGACACCUGCCACGAGUUAUGUGGGAAGUGUUGUUUAUCUGUUGAAGAAAAUGUUUCAAGGGGAUUUCAGCGAUUUAAAUCUUAAGGAUUUAAAAGAUGUUGUUUUCACACAGCCAAGAGCAGUGUUAGACGUAACAGAUGUGUGUCGAUAUGCCCCGCGAUAUAGAUGGAAAUUUGACGGAGUCCAAUUCAAAUUCCAAGUCAUAGCACUCACUGAAUACAGUAAACUCAUCGGUAGCGCCAAGUCCAAUAGCAUAGAAAUGACCAGACCUGAGCCGGUCUCAGCCGUUGGGACACCAAGUUUUACUUAUGAUGCGGAUGCUUUUGGAGAUAAAUUGAAGAUGACUACCACAGUAAUUCCUUUGCAAGCUCAAGUCCACCUUAUUUCUCAAUACGCUGUUGAUUGGUCGAUGGCUUUUUGUUCGAAAGAGCCUUUCGUAGUGCCAAGAUCAUCUACUUCUGAAAAGGCUAACACAACUGUUUCAGUUCAACUUUAUGAAAAACUCAAGGCAUGUAAUCACACCCUAAAGGUGUAUUCAUUAAACCAGUGUAUACCCAGCAAACCAAAAAUCUUAACCUACAAAUAUAAAGGAUGCCGUUUUGUCAGUAAUUUCAAAAGAUCCCUCUGCUAUUCAUUCGACCCACCACCGACUCCUGAUAGUGCCAGACAAGUCGUUAGUCUAGCCUAUUCACCAUUCACCUACUCAAACGACUUCCGGUUUAGCACUAAGGUCACGUGGUCUCCUCCUACCUUCUCGUUUGGCAAGGUCGAGAGAUAUAUCUUUGCCUAUGGUGACGUCAAUAAAAAGUUUAUGGGAAUCAUUUGGAUUGCUAAGAGGGGAUCUACGAAGAAUACAUUUUUGAAAGCAACAAAUCUAGAGCCAAACAUAACGGUUCGGUUCGAGAUCAGGCCUAGAUUCCCUAAUGCUGAAGGAGUUGUCCGAGAAAUCAUUUUCCAAACACCAGGGAUAUUGGAAGAUAAAAUCAAAGUUCAAAAUCUAAAAGCAGACCAAGUUUCAUUCUCCGAUACCAGUUUGUUCUCCUUUCGAGUCCACUGGGAAAAGCCUGUGUCUCACAGCCAACUAGAUGGAUAUCAAAUAGACUUCAUCAAGGGCAGCAAUGCACAAAAGACUGUUAAAACGAGUGAUAGAUUUUAUGUGUUUCGAGGUUUGCUUCAUAACGAGCCACUGGUUAUCGAGGUGAAACCUUUGUAUAAAGUAAAAUGGAUUAAACCAAAAUACGUCGUUCUUCGACUCAAAGCUCCUGCACCUUCUAAUAAGGACAUCGCCGUCAAACGCCUCAGCAACUUCAAUUUCACCUUCGAUCCACAAACCACAACAUUCACUAGUUAUUUUGAAUGGAACCCUCCGAGCUACAGCUACAAAACAGUCGACUAUUACGAAGUGGGGUACAGUAUAAUAGACGCACAUGGGAAACUGAUUAUCACUUGUCCAACGAGUUACGCAAAUAAAGCCAAACUUUGUAUGCCGGCUACUACGAAAGAGAAUCGUUAUUCCAUCCCAAGAGUACAUCCUCACAUGCAUAUCGUUAUAACGGUCAAGCCAGUCUUCCAACACUCUCCUUUCUUGGAAGGAAUCAAAGUGACAUACACGGUUGAUGUCCCGUAUGGACCAGUGUCGUUUUGUGAUGGUAAACCCGAGGGAUACCACGCAGAUGUAGAAGACUGCACAGGUUUCUAUAAAUGCGAUGCUAAUGGAGAAACGUUCCGCAUGUUUUGUCCAGAGGGUCUUUACUGGGACAACGACACUCAGACAUGUGACUUGCGUAGUAGUGUCAACUGCCAGAAAAACAACCUGUCUUGUUGCCAAGGAAGGCCAGCAGGAUACUACAGCAUUCGACAUAACUCUGCUUCUUACUGUGUUUGUGAUGGACAAGGACGAGGCUUUCUGCGCAUGUGCACAAGUGGUCUGCACUGGAAUGAGCAAAGGCGAGCAUGUGAUUUCCCAAAAUUCCGCGGUCAUCGCCACUAUCAAGAUAUAAACCACUAUUAAGACAGUGAUAUGAUAUAUACCAAUACGCUGCUUAGCAUUAAACGUACUAAAUCUGUAUCAAACAUUAUAAAAGGUUGUUUUAAUCUUCGCGUAAAAAUGUAGAUAAAACAUACGAUAAAAUAGUAGUAAAUUUACGAAGACGUCAAUAAAGUAACAGUUGGUUCA